CGGCGGAGGGCGUUAAGUGGUGGGGGAGGCCUCUGGGGUGACUCUGUUGGGAGGCGCUGUGGACGGAGGCCUAGACUGGAGGGGUUGGCCGGGAUGGGGGCGCGGGAGCCUCCAGGGGCUGCGCUCCAGACUGGGGGAGAGGGUGUGUGCCGUCGGGUGCGUGCGGCUUGAGGGCGGCUUUGCGGGAAGAACAGGGUGCUUGAGGUGCCUUUGCGUUGACAAGUGGUAAGGCCUUUGUGGGGGGCCUGCUUUGGAGGUGUUUAGAGGGCUCAGGGUUGGUGGACCGAGGAUUUCGUUGCCUGGAAGGCAUGUUGGUUCCUGACAGUGUUGGAUUUCACCUGAGCUCUGGGCUUCUGGAGCGCAGGAAGGUUGAGAAGUCUCCCCCCGCCCCCGUGUGUUCCAGGGAAGAGAGCGCUGCAGAGGACCCUGUAACACAUGCCCCCUUGUUGGCUUAUGACAAGGCCAGAUACCAGUCCUCCAAACUCGUCCUGUGCCUCAUCAGCGGCCAGCGGACUGGAGUGCCAGCUGAUCAGUCAGGACAGAACCCGUGGGCUUGACAACCGUUCUGGGUGCACACUGCUGGGUGGCCUGUUGGGGGUUGUGAGUGAGCAGACAGUGGUGUAGGAGUUGGAGGUACCAGCCUAUCGGUGUUUAUAUAGAGCUGGUGGCCCUUUCGGGUGAUGAUUAGGAGGACUGUAGGGGUGUUAGUGAAUGGUGGGUGAACAUGGGGUAGAUUAGAAAAUAGGGUAUCAUGGAAGUGAAUGGUUGGGGUGGUGUAUGAUUAAGCAUUGGGAAUCCCUUGAAUGUAGUGAUGGGGGCUAGCAAGGCUGAGGGGCUCUGUGAGAACAGUGACUGGGGCACUUUCAGGGUGAGUGGAUGGGCAACUGUAGGAAGGAGGACCUGGGAUUCUGUGUUUAGGAUUUCACUGACUCCACUUUUAGUCAAGAUUAUUGGGUGGGAAUGUGGGGGGGUCCAGUGAUGGGUUUCGUGGCAUCAGUGUUGAGAAACUUGUGGGAAUUGGUGAUGAGGGGCUGACCUUGGCUGGUGCUUGGGGCUGAGUGAGGAAGAGCCUAGAAUGAUCAGGAAUGGAGGGUCCUGUGGAUAUCUGAUUGGGGUUGAGGCUGUGGCGACACUUUGGAUUUCAUUGAUGGAUGACUCCUGUGUCACUUGGGGGUUGAUGAUGGGGGUUUUGCUAGAGGAGUCACUGGGGAUGUGCAUGUGUAAGUGAAGGUCCUAGAGGGACCGCCUGUAAAGUCAGCAGUCAGUCCUGGUGGGAUGAGGGGCAAGUGGGGUGAGUGACAGUGGGGCUUGUGGCACUCGGUGGUUGUGAGGUCUGAAGACUUGGGAGGGCUUUUAGUGGUCCGUGAAGGAGGGGCUGGAGAAUUCUCAGGUGAUCAGUGUGGGUAAGUGGGAGCCUCCGAGGGCUUAAGUUCUGUCCGUGGGCUGGGAGGGAGGGUGUCCAGUCAUUCUGUGGGGGCUUAUGUGUGAUUGAGGCCCUCCUUGGUGAUAGGACCUGUGUGAUUGUAUUUGUGGGUUUGGGGGGGUCCUGGUGAGUUUUGGUCGCACACUGGCUCAGGCAACACUUCCACAUAGUGACUUCUGUGAAUAACAUAUUCUUUUUUGUUCUUUGUUUCUUCUCACCCCGCACGUCACAUUGUUGAUGUGUGACUGCUUCUUUUCCUGGAAUAUUUCCUUGUUUAAGUGUUCUCGGUGACCCCACUGGCCGUACGGUCCUUCCCCCUUGCUGGCUGGCUCAGUCCCCGUGCCCUCCUCCAUCCCGGAAGCAUCGUAGCUGCGUCUGGCUCCAGCCCUCUGCGUGUAGUGCGCCGUGAUGCGCCUGGUCUUCCCCCAGCCUUCCGCUUCCUUCGCAUGGUCUGCACGGGGCAGGCGCUUUGCUGACUGAGCUGCGGAGGGUUCUCGAGCAUGUGGUGUUGGGGGCAGCCUUGUCUCAUCUCUUUCUAGCCCUCAGCCCAACUUGGGGUGGGUCGUAACUGCCUUGAAGGGGCUGGUUUUCCAGCUGUGCUCUGGUCAGCUGCCCUGGGGCAGAACCCGGCAGUUGGCUAACCUCCAGGCAUAAUUUUCAUUUGCGGCUAACUUUUCUCUAUAUCCACUGGGACAUUGGAGACCCCCUCCCCGUGCGUGAACAAAACAGUGCCUUUGGACAAAGAGCUCUUGCUGUUCAUCUUCUACAGGGGCUAUACACUCUCUUUGUUCAGCUUAUUUUCUGGAAAGGUGCCCACUGCCCUGUCCACCACGUUCAGUCUUCCUCGCUAGCCUGUCAGCUCACGGACACCGUGCUCAGCGGCCGUUCCUGGACCCCAGAUAUGUUGUUGGGAAGGAAAUAACAUCUCAGUGCGAUUUCACGUCUCUGAAGUGCUGGCUCUCGUCUCCUCUCUGCUGCAUGUAAGUGACGUGGUCCAUGAGCAGUGAAGGAAUUCACAGUGCCAUGACUGAGGAGCAAGAGAACUCAUGUGAAAUAAGGAGGAGGAGGCUUCGGGACUAGGGGUGUCCUCUCGGUUUACAGACAUUUGACCGGAGGCCUCUCCAGAGCAGCGGGACAGAGAGGAGUCGCAGAACGGAGCCGAUUUUCCAAGCCGCAGAAAAUGUUCAAGUCCCAGAUCUCGUUUGAGGAUGUGGCUGUGGACUUCACCUCGGAGGAGUGGCAGCUCCUUAACCCUACUCAAAAGAGCUUGUACAGAGACGUGAUGUUGGAGAACUACAGCAAUCUGGUUUUCUUGGGUUAUCAAAUUAUCAGACCUGAUGCGGUUUUCAAGCCAGAGCCGGAAGAGCCGUGGGUCGUAGAAGCAGCCCCGCGUCGGACCUCGGCAGAAGAAGUCUGGCUAGAUAACAGUCUCAAAAUGUGGCACCAGGAUAAUCAAGACAAGCUUAGAAGUGUGGAGAGAGGCCAUGAAUAUGAUGUUUUUAGGAAAAUAUUUCAUUCAAGCAUUAACUUUGUUCAUUUAGCAAUGAGACCCCAUAAACAUGGCUCAGGUGAAAAAAGUAUGAAACAUCCUUUUGAGUUUCUUAUUCCAAAAAAUAACCGUGGAAGAAAGAAACCUGAUGAGCUCAAUAAGAAAUAUUUAUUGUAUAUCAAAGCUGAUAGAACCCAUGGUGGAGAGCCAUACUGUGAUUGCAGUAAAUGUAGGAAGGCUAGCAGGACAGGGUCAUGGCCCCGUGCAAACCGCAGAACACACACAGGAGUCCACUUGUGCGUGGACUGUGGCAACGUUUUCAGUAAGAAGUCACAGCUCAUCGUCCACCAGCGGACGCACACAGGAGAGAAGCCCUACGGCUGCAGCGAUUGCGGGAAAGCCUUCUCCCAGAAGUCCUUGCUCACUAUUCAUCAGAGGACGCAUUCAGGAGAAAAACCAUACGGGUGUGGAGAAUGCCAGAAAGCUUUCAGUAGGAAGUCCCUGCUCAUUUUACACCAGAGGACGCACACGGGAGAGAAGCCUUACGGCUGCAGCGACUGCGGGAAGGCCUUCAGCAGGAAGUCGCAGCUCAAGAGACAUCAGAGAACCCACAUGGUGGAGAAGCCCUAUGGCUGCAGCGACUGCGGGAAGGCCUUCUCCCAGAAGUUAAAGCUCAUUACCCACCAGAGAACUCACACCGGGGAGAAGCCCUAUAACUGCAGUGAUUGUGGGAAAGCCUUCUUCUGGAAGUCACAGCUGAUUACACAUCAGAGGACUCACACAGGGAAGAAACCGUAUGCCUGUACCGAGUGCACAAAAGCCUUCAGCAGAAACUCACUGCUCAUCAGGCAUCAGAGGAUCCACACGGGGGAGAAGCCCUACGAGUGUGGCGAGUGUGGCGAAGCCUUCAUCAGAAAACCGCAGCUCAUCAAGCACCAACUGACGCACACGGGAGAGAAGAACUAUCAGUGCGGUGACUGUGAGGAGGCGUUCUUUAAGAAGUCAGAGCUACUCCGCCAUCAGAAGACUCACUUGGGGGAGAAACCCUAUGGAUGUGUCGAAUGUGGAAAAACCUUCUUUGGGAAGUCCCAGCUCCUAACACAUCAGAGAACUCACACUGGCGAGAAGCCGUAUGAAUGCGGUGAGUGCGGGAAGGCCUUCACCCAGAAGUCCAGCCUGAUUUCACACCAGAGGACACACACAGGGGAGAAGCCCUAUGAGUGCACAGAGUGUGGGAAGACCUUCAGUGAGAAGUCAAGCCUCAUUCAUCACCAGAGAACCCAUACUGGAGAGAAACCCUUCGAAUGUAGUGAGUGUAGGAAAGCUUUUGCCUGGAAGCCACAGCUUCUUAGGCAUCAGAGAAUUCAUACAGGGGAAAAACCUUAUGAAUGCAGUGAAUGUGGGAAAGCCUUUGUUCAGAAAGUGCAGCUCAUUAAGCAUCAGAGAAAUCACACAGGAGAGAAAACCUACGGGUGCAGUGAGUGUGCAAAAGCCUUCUUUGAGAAGGCACAGCUUGUUAUCCAUCAGAGAAUUCACACAGGGGAGAGACCCUAUCAAUGUGGUGAAUGUGGGAAGUCUUUCACUAGAAAGUCUCACCUUAUGAGGCAUCAGCGAAUUCACACGGGAGACAAAUACGCUGGGUGCGGUGAGUGUGGGACCGCCUUCAGCAGGAAGUCACAGCUCAUGCUUCACCAGAGGACUCACGUACUCUAGAAACAGCGUUAUGCCGUGAACAUGGGAAAUCUGGCGUCUGAUGUCGCCUUUUGACGUGUCCAAGGACACACACACAGGAGCAACCCCGUCAGUGCCCUGGGAAGGCAGGUCUCACCCAAUUCAGAGAGGGAAUUUGUUUAAGUAGACAGUGUAAGGGAGCCUUCUCCCAGAACACACAGCUUAUCACCCACUGAUGACUUAACGUGGAAGUCUUAGCAGUAUCGUGUAGCAGACCUUGUAGUCAGAAGUGACAGCUCGUUGUUAGAGGGCCUACACUCGAGGGGAAACUGAACUGCUGUAAAAACCAAGCGAGAGGUUUCAUCAAGAAAGGAUAACUCACAGUACACUAGAGGGUAUAUACACAAAGGAAAUGCUGAAUCGCCUGAGCUGGAGAUUUCCGUGUGGAGGAGAGGGCCUAAAGGGAAGAAUUUUGAUAAGUGUGAUCCUAUUGAAAGAAUCCUGUAACGUUGUGUUUGUUGUCUAUAAGUUAUUAUGGAAAUGGUUAUUUUAAAAUGGUAGAUGUGUUUUCAGUAUGAAAACUUCUGCUUUCUGCUGUGUUGUACGGCAGGAACCAGACUGACUCCCCUGCCUUCAGCAGCUAGAGACUGUACCAUGUAUGUGAAAGAGUGGGUGAGAGGCCUCUGGCAAGCAGGUGUCUGUGCUCCCCGGCAGAAGGCGACUGGGUGAGGUGCGCUCCCAGGCUGCCGUUCGGGGGAGGGAACACACGCGGUCUUGUCGAAGAGAGCUGCUGACUUAGCCUUUGGAGAGGCCACAGUAGCUAGAAUUUAUAGGGAGAGGAGAGGAGAGAGCUUUCUAGAGAGAGGGCUGCAGAAACCUACAAGGAGUUCCCUUGAGUCUUUUGGCUUAGCGCUGAUUGGCAUGUGUGUGAAAGGAAAAGUGGUGCUGGAAAGCAGGAGGCUGAACAGGUCCCAGAAAUCAGUGCCAGGCUGGGAGUAAAGUUCCCGCCAGCUAGAGUGGAAACAACUUUGAACACGUGGGGCAUCAGGUCGGAUUCCCAGAAGACUAUGAUCUUGUGAAGGAACUAACUCUAGAUUCAGAGCUGCUCUGGACCCACGAUGUCUGGCAUCCAGAAACUUCCUGACGCGCGAAGAAACAUGAGAAUAUGACUUGUAGCCAGGACAAAAAUGAGCCCGUAGAAGAGACAUAGAAGAGACUGAAGCAGUUGGCAUUGGAUAAGGGUGUUUGACUAGCUUUUAUGAAUAUAGAGGAAGACAUGAACGUGACAAGACCUGAAGUGGAAGGUGUAUUUUCAAAACCCCAAGUGGAACUUCUCAGGAUGAAAACAGUGGUAAUCUGAAAAUUAAAAACAAAAAACAAAAAACCACACCAAUAACCAAAAAACCCAACUCUGGAUGGAAUUAAGAACAGAUGAGACACAGAAGAAGAAAAAUCGAUGAAUUUAAGUAAGAAUAAAAAAAACUAACUGUCCAACUGAUGUACAGAGGUAAAAAGCCUGGGAGAAAAGAGAGGAGGGGUCCAUUGUAGUGGGAGCGGGGUCCUAGCAGGAGAGGAGGGGCUGGGGAAGAGAAGUAACAAGGGAGCUGAGUAAGUGACAGCUGAAAUUGUUACCCAUGGGAUGAAAAGUGUCACUGCACAUAUUCAAGGAGUUCAAAGAACCCCAAACAAGACACACAAAAAACCCUGCUAACGGACAUCAUAGUCAGAUGGAAGAAGAACAGUUACAAAGCACCUCGGGAGAGACGGGGCGCGCUCACAGAACAGAGUACGACGGCUCGUGGGCAGAGGCUGCUCGGGCUGCGGGGCAAUGGAGUGAGUGACGACUUUGGAUUACUGAGGGAAAAAUAAAGCCCCCGCACCCUGGUAUUUGUCUGUUACCCAUCAAGAAGACCUCUCAAAAAUGAAAGCAAAAAAAAGAGGCUUUUUCAGGAGAACAAAAUUAGAGAAUUUAUUAGCUGUAGGCUUUCCUCCAGGAAAAUUUAAGUAAGUCUGGGGGCCGCAGGAAAGGAAUGCUGGCUGGAAAUGUGGAUCUACAGGGAGAAACGAAGAGUUCUGGGAGUGCUGAAUACGUGGUAAAUAUAAUAGAUUUUUUUCUCAUUUUAAAAUGUUUUAAAAGGGUAAUCCAUUGUUUAAAGCCAAAUAGUGACAGUGUGUUGUGGGUUAUGAUCUAUUUAGAAGUAUAUGACAAAAACAACACUUUGGAUGAACCCUCCAAAGUAGUUGAAUUGACUACAUCCUCCGAGUCUGAAGCCUGCUUCCCCAGGGCUCAGGGUGACUCAGAUCCGUAGCAGCUGCGCACGAGUGGCCCGUGUGAUGGACCGGCAUGUGUGCCGGCGCUUCCCCGCCCUCCUCUCUCUGCUCUGCACCCCAGGGGCUGUCCCUCUAGGGUUCCUACUGAAGUGUGAACGCGGGAGAUGCUAGAUCGCCCGUGGGAGGAGAGAGGCUGGACCAUUCAUUCUCCCCACUGCCUCCCUUUCCUGGACCUUGGUUUUGGCAGAGUCUGUUGCUGUAUGGCCCGGCUCCUGUGGGGCGGCCCUCCUUUGGGGUUGUAGGCUCUCCCUUCUCUGCUCCCACCUCCCUCUCCUUGUCCUUCACGUGCCUCACCAUCCCUGGCGGGCAUCCUUACUUCUGAACUCGUUAUCUGUAAAUAGUCGCUCAGUUAAAUGGGCUUGAGUUAAAAUUUGGAGUGCACCAGUUGUUUUCUGUGCCGUGUUAAGGUUGAGCACUUAACAGCAUUUUGAGUGCCAGUUACUGGUGCGUGUGCCUCACAGGGCACAGACUGACAUCUGUCAAGAUUCCCCACACGAAAUGUCAGUGUUUUCUCUCUCUUUUUUUAAACCAUUCUACAGAAAUUAUAACAAGUAACAAAGUGUUUUGUGUUUUGUGUUUUGUUUUGCUGCAAAUGUCCAUGGCUGCACGGAUUGUCAUCUGCUACGUGUCCAAUGGUCUUGCACUUAGUACUAACCCUUCUUCAGCAUUAGAAGCCAAAACACUUAUGAAGUCUUAUAGCUACCUCUGGAUUAGCCAAGCAAUUUACAGAAACACAUUGGCGUUUAUGUUCAAUAUGUAUGGACAAGAAAAAAGGAUAACCAGGUCCUGAGUGAGGUGGAAAGGAAUGGUGCCUCACAGAUCCCAGUAUCUCCUUUAGAAACACUGCUGGGCAUAUCCUCAUUCCAUAUUCUGCUGCUUCUCUGUAUAAUUAAUGUAAUCUGUAACCCAUGGACAAGAUUUCCAUGCCAGUAAGAAUUGCCACAGAGGGUCUCUAAAGGCUCCACACCAGGGCCCAUCACCAGCACGACAGUCUGGGGAAGUCAGAGUCAGGUUGAAGUGGGCUGCCUUCGAGCCUGGACGCGGCAGCCCCGUCCGUUGUCACUUGUCAGAUACCUCUUAGGAAGUUCACCUUUCUUCACCCUCUCUCACCUGGCCCUCUUCUCUUGGUACCUGGGCGGCUUUUGAAGGGAAAUAAUUGCCCUCAGGCUACACAGCUGCAUUUUCUCUCCGGGUGCGCUUGCGUUUCGGUGUGCAUUUUGAACUUUUCAUGCAGGUCUUCCGUUUUGUGUAACCCUGAAAGACGCCAUUCACAAUGUAGCCUGUGCCAAUAAACUUGUGUAUUUCUCUGG